CGAACACUGGGGCCGUACAAACCGGCGCAGAGCCGCUCUCUCAAGUCUCAGCGACUGGGGAAGACGACUCCUUGGAGGAGGAGGACGGCUGGCAAAGGGCCACAUACACAGCUCGGCGACUGAGGGGCUUCUUCUUGGGCUGCCACACUUGAGAUGUAUCUGAGUACUGAAGUUCACACACACACACAUGACCUACAGAACUGAUUUGACUGCCUCACUGAGUCUUGAAAUCAGGAAAUGUGGGUUGAGCCUCUGGGAUCUGUAUGGCUGAUGCGUGAAAAUGUUACGUCCUGAAUGACAAGAUACUGCUGGAACAGCUUGUUGCUGAUAUGUGUUCAAGAUGAGUGGGAUGGGAGAAAAUUCCUCUGACCCAUCCAGGGCAGAGUCAAGAAAGCGCAAGGAAUGCCCUGAUCAGCUUGGUCCCAGCCCUAAAAGAAGCACUGAGAAACGUAAUCGUGAGCAGGAGAAUAAAUACAUAGAAGAACUUGCAGAGCUGAUUUUUGCGAAUUUUAAUGAUAUUGACAACUUUAACUUUAAACCUGACAAAUGUGCAAUCUUGAAAGAAACUGUGAAGCAAAUUCGUCAGAUAAAAGAGCAAGAAAAAGCAGCAGCGGCCAAUGAAGAUGAAGUACAAAAAGCGGAUGUAUCAUCUACAGGUCAGAGUGUCAUUGACAAGGAUGCACUUGGACCAAUGAUGCUUGAGGCCCUAGAUGGGUUCUUCUUUGUAGUGAACCUGGAAGGUAACAUUGUGUUUGUUUCUGAGAAUGUGACACAAUACCUAAGGUACAACCAAGAAGAGCUGAUGAACACAAGUGUAUAUAGCAUCCUGCAUGUAGGGGACCACAAUGAAUUUGUCAGAAACCUGCUGCCAAAAUCUUUAGUGAAUGGGGGACCUUGGUCUGGUGAAGCCCCUAGGCGCAACAGCCAUACUUUUAAUUGUCGGAUGCUGGUAAAACCUUUAACUGAUGCUGAAGAAGGCCCUGAUAACCAGGAAGCACAUCAGAAAUAUGAAACUAUGCAGUGCUUUGCAGUUUCUCAACCAAAGUCCAUCAAGGAAGAUGGUGAAGAUUUGCAGUCUUGCUUGAUUUGUGUGGCAAGAAGAAUUCCAAUGAAGGAAAGGCCAAUUCCUCCCUCAUCAGAGAGCUUUUCUACUCGCCAAGAUCUGCAAGGCAAGAUAACUUCACUAGACACUAGCACUAUGCGAGCAGCCAUGAAACCUGGCUGGGAGGAUUUGGUGAGAAGAUGCAUUCAAAGAUUCCAUGCACAGCAUGAGGGAGAUAUAUCUUUUGCCAAGAGGCAUCAUCAGGAAGUGCUGAGGCAGGGACUAGCAUUCAGUUCUGUCUAUCGAUUUUCCUUGUCUGAUGGCACUAUAGUUGCUGCCCAAACGAAGAGCAAGCUCAUCCGUUCUCAGACUACUAGUGAACCUCAGCUUGUAAUAUCCUUGCAUAUGCUUCACAGAGAGCAAAAUGUCUGUGGAAUGAAUCAGGAUUUGACUGGACAAACAAUGGGGAAGACAUUGAACCCAAUUAGCUCCAGCAGCCCUGCCCAUCAGGCCAUGUGCAGUGGGAACCCAGGUCAGGAUAUGACCAUCAGUAGCAAUAUAAAUUUUGCCAUAAAUGGCCCAAAGGAACAAAUGGGCAUGCCAGCAGGCAGGUUUAGUGGUUCAGGGGGAAUGAACCAUGUGUCAAGCAUACAAGCAUCCACUCCUCAGGGUAGUAACUAUGCACUAAAAAUGAAUAGUCCCUCACAAAGCAGCCCUGGCAUGAACCCAGGGCAGCCAAACUCUAUGCUUUCCCCAAGGCAUCGUGUGAGUCCUGGAGUGGCAGGAAGUCCUAGAAUUCCACCCAGUCAGUUUUCCCCUGCAGGAAGCUUGCAUUCACCUGUGGGAGUUUGCAGCAGCACAGGAAAUAGCCAUAGUUACACCAACAGUUCCCUAAAUGCACUUCAAGCCCUCAGUGAGGGUCAUGGAGUUUCUCUAGGGUCAUCGUUGGCUUCACCUGACCUAAAAAUGGGUAAUUUACAAAAUUCCCCCGUUAAUAUGAAUCCUCCCCAACUGAGCAAAAUGGGAAGCCUGGACUCUAAAGACUGUUUUGGACUUUAUGGGGAGCAAUCAGAAGGUACAACUGGACAAACAGAGAGCAGCUGCCAUUCAGGAGAACAGAAAGACAGUAAUGAUAACAAUGUGCCCCAGGUUAUCAGUGGUGAGAGGCCUGAUGGACAGAACAGACUGCAUGAUGGCAAAAGCCAGACAAAGCUCUUACAGCUGCUGACCACCAAAUCUGAUCAGAUGGAGCCUUCACCCUUGUCAAAUUCUAUGGGAGAUGCUAACAAGGACUCCACCGGAGGCUUAUCUGGUUCUGGUUCAGCACAUGGAACCUCGCUCAAGGAGAAGCAUAAAAUUUUGCACAGACUCUUGCAGGACAGCAGUUCUCCUGUAGACUUGGCCAAACUUACAGCAGAGGCCACAGGCAAAGAACUGAACCAGGAGUCCAAUAGCACAGCUCCUGGUUCAGAGGUCACUGUUAAACAGGAACCAGUGAGUCCCAAGAAGAAAGAAAAUGCACUACUUCGUUACUUGCUAGAUAAAGAUGAUACUAAAGAUAUUGGUUUACCGGACAUAACCCCAAAACUGGAGCGGUUGGACAGUAAAACAGACCCUUCCAGUAGCACAAAGUUAAUAGCUAUGAAGACAGAAAAGGAGGAGAUAAACUUUGAGCCUAAUGAACAGCCGGGCAGUGAGUUGGAUAACUUGGAGGAGAUUCUGGAUGAUCUACAGAAUAGUCAGUUACCACAGCUUUUCCCAGAUACCCGGUCUGGUGCUUCAGCUGGAUCAGUCGACAAGCAAGCCAUCAUCAAUGACCUCAUGCAGCUCACAGGUGAAAACAGCCCUGGCACAUCUGUUGGAACCCAGAAACCAGCAAUGAGGAUUUCACAGAGCACUUUUAAUAACCCACGGGCAGGACAACUGGGCAGGUUAUUACCAAACCAGAAUUUACCACUCGACAUCACAUUGCAAAACCCAUCAGGUUCAGGACCAUUCCCACCGAUAAGAAACAGUAGUCCAUAUUCAGUGAUACCUCAGCCAGGAAUGAUGGGCAGUCAAGGGAUGAUAGGAAAUCAAGGAACUUUAGGGAACAAUAGCACAGGAAUGGUUGGUGGUAAUACCCCUCGGCCCGCCAUGCCAUCUGGAGACUGGGGUGCUCAGGGUUCUGCUGUGAGGGUAACCUGUGCUGCUACAACCAGUGCCAUGAACAGGCCAAUCCAAGGAGGCAUGAUACGUAACCCAACAGCCAGCAUUCCUAUGAGACCCAGCAGCCAGCCAGGCCCAAGACAGAUGCUUCAGUCUCAAGUCAUGAAUAUGGGGCCAUCUGAACUGGAGAUGAAUAUGGGGGGACCUCAGUACAGCCAACAGCAAGCUCCUCCGAAUCAGACCGCACCAUGGCCGGACAGCAUCUUGCCUAUAGAUCAGACAUCUUUUGGUAAUCAGAACAGGCAACCAUUUGGCAGCUCACCAGAUGACUUGCUGUGCCCGCAUCCUUCAACAGAGUCACCAAGUGAUGAGGGAACGCUCCUGGAUCAGCUUUAUUUGGCACUAAGGAAUUUUGAUGGCCUAGAAGAAAUUGACAGGGCUCUCGGAAUACCAGAACUGGUUAGCCAGAGCCAAGCUGUAGAUCCAGAGCCAUUCUCAAGUCAGGAAUCCAACAUCAUAAUAGAACAAAAGACACCGGUUUUCACUCAACAAUAUGCAUCUCAGGCUCAAAUGGCCCAGGGUAGUUAUACACCCAUGCAGGACCCAAACUUUCACCCAAUAGGACAACGGCCUGGUUACGCAACACUGCGUAUGCAGCCUAGGCCUGGUCUCAGGCCUACUGGUAUAGUGCAGAACCAGCCAAAUCAGCUGAGACUUCAGCUUCAACAUAGACUCCAAGCACAGCAGAAUCGCCAGCCACUGAUAAAUCAAAUCAGCAGCGUCUCCAAUAUGAACCUGUCUCUGAGACCUGGAGUACCCACACAGGCACCUAUCAAUGCACAGAUGCUGGCCCAGAGGCAGAGGGAGAUACUGAGCCAGCACCUGAGGCAACGACAGAUGCAUCAGCAACAGCAGGUGCAACAGCGGACUCUGAUGAUGCGAGGACAGAGUUUGAAUAUGUCACCAAGCAUGGUGGCCUCUGGUGGCAUACCAGCAACCAUGAGCAACCCACGGAUUCCGCAGGCAAACGCACAGCAGUUUCCAUUUCCUCCAAACUAUGGAAUAAGUCAACAACCUGAUCCAGGCUUCACAGGGGCUACCACUCCCCAAAGUCCACUGAUGUCCCCAAGAAUGGCUCAUACUCAGAGUCCUAUGAUACAGCAGUCUCAGGCUACUCCUGCCUACCAGUCCUCUACAGAGAUGAAUGGGUGGGCACAAGGGAAUAUGGGUGGAAACAGCAUGUUUUCACAGCAGUCCCCUCCACAUUUUGGGCAGCAAGCAAACACCAGCAUGUACAAUAACAACAUGAACAUCAGUGUAUCCAUGGCAACCAACACAAGUGGCAUGAACAACAUGAACCAGAUGACAGGGCAGAUCAGCAUGACCUCAGCGACCUCUGUGCCUACAUCAGGGUUGUCCUCCAUGGGUCCUGAGCAGGUUAAUGAUCCUGCUAUGAGGGGAGGCAAUCUUUUUCCAAACCAGCUGCCUGGAAUGGAUAUGAUAAAGCAGGAGGGAGAUGCAUCUCGGAAAUAUUGCUGACCUUGACGGUUGCUGGUUGCUCCUUUCUUCAGCUGCCUGGGCUCACCAGCCCAAAACACUUACCAGUUUGAAGACUUGCAUCUAUUGGUUUUGACCCAACUGACCUGCCAGCCAGUUCCACUGGAGCGAGCUCAGCUAAACGCUGCAGACAGGAUUCAGCUCUGCCUUCCAGAGUGGAGUCAAAACAGUUGUUGCUGGAAGAGCAGCCUCUUCUCUGACAGUCUGAAGCUAGCGUACAGACAGUUGCUCAGUCUGUUCACUGCAUUCACCUUAGUGCAACUUAGAUCUCUCCUGCGAAGUAAAUGUUGACAGGCAAUUUUCAUAAACCAUGUCAGAUUGAAUGUAUUUAAAUGUAUGUAUUUAAGGAAAAACAACCAUGCUCUUGUUCUGUUCCUGUUUAGUUCUAAACCUUGGUUUCUUGCUUUUUGUUUUCCCUGGCUACUCAGUCUGGUGCAACGGAUUCAAUUCCAUCUGCAAAUCAGUGUUUUGAACUAAGGCCUGCAUUUUGGGGUCGUUAGUGGGUUGGACGCUAGUGAGGGUGUGGGCAAUGUAUGGGGAAUAAACAGCUAAUCAAUUGGUUUGAUUUAGGAAAAGAUAGAAAAGCUGGACCUUGUAGAAAACUAUACAGAUUAAUUUUGAAUGGGUUUAAAGUUAUAAAACUGGCUAAAAACAUCCUGUGAGAGGGCUGUUUCGUUAGGGGCUUUUUUGGUGGUUGUUUAAAAAAAAAAAAAAAA